CUCCUGGGGCUGACCCCGAGGCCCGGCUAUGGACGGCGAAAGCGAAGUGGAUUUUUCUAGUAACAGCGUGACCCCUUUGUGGCGGAGGCGUUCGACCCCUCCGCCCCAGCUGCUGGGCCGGAGCAAGCCGAGGCCCCAGUCUUAUCAGAGCCCCAGCGGGUUGCUGAUCACGGAUUUCCCGGUGGAAGACCUAGGGACGCUCCCCGCCGCGCAGACUCCCGCCCAAGUGCCCACCGCCUCGGACAGCAGGACGGCCCACAGGAGUCCCCUCCUUCUGGGCACCCAUCGGAGAGCAGUGGCUAAUGGCGGUAUGGUCUCCUUGGAGUACAAAGCUGCCUCUCCCAGACUUCGACGACCCAAGUCACCUCAGGUACCCCAAACGGUGCCUGGCGGCUCCCCGAAAUCCCCAGCGAACGGCACCGUGACCUCGCUUUCCCCUCUGCCGCCGCCGCGGGUGCUGCGCCCCCCGCGGACUCCUAACGCACCUGCUCCCUGCAACCCGGGGAAAGACCCCGCCAGGUUGAUUGCCAACCCCGUGCCUUCCCCUACUGCAAACGGCUUUGCCCCUAGUAACGACUCCCCUGGCUCCGGUUCGCAGUCCGGCCAGUUGGCUAUAGACCCCGAACGGGUAACCGGGAGACUGUCGCCUGCGCUCCAGAAAAGGUCUUCAGAACAGAAACUCCCCCUCCAGAGGUUGUCCUCGCGGGAGAACGAGCUUCCUGAGAAUCCUUCCGUGAUUUUGAGUACAAACAGCGCUGCCGCCCUCAAAGUGGGGAAACAGCAGAUCAUUCCUAAGAGCCUGGCCUCGGAAAUCAAAAUAAGCAAAUCCAACAGUCAGAAUGUGGAGCCCCAUAAGAGACUCCUCAAGGUGCGCAGCAUGGUGGAAGGCCUCGGAGCGCCCCUGGGCCACGCAGGGGACGAGGGUGAGGUCGACCACGACUUGGACAGCCCAGGGUCUCUGCGGAGAGGCUUGCGGUCCACGUCCUACCGCAGGGCAGUGGUCAGUGGCUUUGAUUUUGACAGUCCUACUAGCUCGAAGAAGAAGAACAGAAUGUCCCAGCCUGUUCUGAGAGCAGUGAUGGAAGACAAGGAGAAGUUUUCCAGCCUGGGCAGGAUAAAGAAAAAAAUGCUGAAAGGACAAGGAACAUUUGAUGGGGAAGAAAACGCUGUCUUGUAUCAAAACUACAAAGAAAAGGCCCUUGACAUUGACUCUGAUGAAGAGUCGGAGCCCAAAGAACAGAAGUCGGAUGAAAAAAUUGUGAUUCACCAUAAGCCGCUGAGAUCCACGUGGAGCCAGCUCUCGGCAGUGAGUAGACAAGGUCUAGCUGCCACCACCUCUUCAGAGAGUCGUCACCAGCAACAUGCUAUCUUCGAAGUCAUAUCCUCUGAACAUUCAUACUUACUCAGCUUGGAGAUCUUGAUACGAAUGUUUAAAAAUUGUAAAGAACUGAGUGAUACCAUGACUAAAACCGAGAGGCACCACCUCUUCUCCAAUAUUACGGACGUCUGUGAGGCGAGCAAAAAAUUCUUUAUAGAGCUGGAAGCGAGACAUCAGAAUAAUAUCUUUAUAGAUGACAUAAGUGACAUUGUGGAAAAACAUACAGCAUCCACAUUUGACCCAUAUGUGAAAUACUGCACCAACGAGGUGUACCAGCAACGGACGCUCCAAAAAUUGCUAGCCACCAACCCAUCCUUUAAGGAAGUAUUGUCAAGGAUUGAGUCCCAUGAAGACUGCAGGAAUCUACCCAUGAUCUCUUUUCUCAUUCUCCCUAUGCAGAGGGUGACCCGGCUGCCCUUGCUGAUGGAUACUAUUUGCCAGAAAACGCCUAAGGACUCGCCAAAGUAUGAAGUCUGCAAAAGGGCCUUAAAGGAAGUGAGCAAGUUGGUUCGACUGUGCAAUGAAGGAGCCCGGAAGAUGGAAAGGACCGAGAUGAUGUAUACGAUUAACUCCCAGCUGGAGUUUAAAAUUAAGCCUUUUCCUUUAGUCUCCUCUUCCCGCUGGUUGAUAAAGAGAGGUGAGCUGACGGCCUACGUGGAGGACACGGUGCUCUUCUCCAAAAGGACGUCCAGACAGCAAGUUUACUUCUUCCUCUUUAACGACGUGCUCAUCAUCACCAAGAAGAAGAGUGAAGAGAGUUACAACGUCAACGAUUAUUCCUUAAGAGAUCAGCUGUUGGUGGAAUCUUGUGACAAUGAAGAACUUAAUUCUUCUCCGGGGAAAAACAGUUCCACGAUGCUUUAUUCAAGACAGAACUCUGCCAGUUACCUCUUCACUCUGACGGUCCUUAGUAACCACGCGAAUGAGAAAGUGGAAAUGCUGCUCGGGGCUGAGACGCAGAGUGAGCGAGCCCGCUGGAUAACAGCUCUGGGACACAGCGGUGGGAAGCAGCCUACAGACCGCACCUCACUGACCCAGGUGGAAAUCAUUAGGUCUUUUACCGCCAAGCAGCCAGAUGAGCUCUCCCUGCAGGUGGCAGACGUGGUCCUCAUUUAUCAGCAUGUCAGUGAUGGAUGGUAUGAGGGGGAGCGACUGCGAGAUGGAGAAAGGGGCUGGUUUCCUAUGGAGUGUGCCAAGGAGAUAACGUGCCAAGCUACCAUCGAUAAGAAUGUGGAGCGAAUGGGGCGCUUGCUCGGACUGGAGACCAACGUGUAGCCUCCCCGAAGGCCUGUCGUUACUGUGAGAUUUGCACUACUGCGUCUGGUGGGCUGGUUGGUUCUGGGAUGGUUUUAUUGUUAAUUUUAUCACAGCCUAUUUAAUUAAAAGAACGAAAACA